AUGUGCAAUGUGCAAGUACGUGCGUUGUGAUGCAGUGUUCUUGUCAAGCAGACCGGCUCAAUCAGUUCACAGGUGUUCAGAAGUUGCGCCGUCGUACUUAAAACAAACUACUUUUCAUCAUUGAAUAAGUGAGUUCUCUGAGCUAGUGACGGCACGAUGAUGGAAGUCGGCUCUGAAAAGCAGCCGCUGCCGUCGACUUCUACCGCCGAAUUUCGUGCGCACGACUCAAACAACGACGAUUCUUCGUCGCAGACAGCUUCCGAAGCGAUGGAAUCACUGUGGCUGUCGGACACCGGCGUCGGUGGAACCCAAGAACAAGAGAUCGAGGACCCCGACGAAAUCGGAGAGUUCUUUUUCGAAUCGGACCACCUGGCUCUGCGCGGCAAUUCGGACUAUCGCAACAUGCUCAAGACGCUUGCCGUACUCGAAGCGCAGCGGGUUCAGGUCAUACAGGACAUCGAAAAGCUCAUCGAAGUCCGCGAAGACGCCCUGGCCGACCCAAUCAGGUUCGUCGAAAGGCUCCAAAAGAAGGAAGACCUGGGCAUCCCUCUUCCUCAACUGGUUGCUCCAAUGCCCAACAUCGACUGGAGCCAGUACAGCCUCAUGGGCAUCCAGCAAGGCAUCGAGGGUAAGCGUCAGUUCACGAGGCACGCGGCCAAGGCCGAGCAAAGAAACGUGCAGUCGUCGUCCCAGAGCCAGGGGCCGGGUGGUAGCAUCCUGAUCCGGGGACGCGUCUUCAACGAGAACAAGCCCGCGACAUUCAACCAGCUGUGGACCGCGGAAGAACAGAAACGGCUCGAAGACUGCUCAUUCACGUAUCCGCCGGAGGAAGUGGAGAGUCGGCGUUGGGAGAAGAUCGCAAACGCCCUGGGAAACCGCACGCCGACCCAGGUGGCCAGUCGGGUCCAGAAGUACUUCAUCAAGCUGGCCAAGGCAGGCCUGCCGGUCCCUGGCAGGAUACGAACUGUCAUUCCGCCACGCAAGACAGGUUCUCGGAGAGGCCAUCACCGUCACGGCCCCCAGAGCGCGUCGAGUUACAUGUACUCGCACUCCACAUUCUUCGCGUCUCGCAGACCGCCGGUGUUCAUGUCCGAAGCAGAUGACGAUUCUAGCGUUUCGUCAUGGGGUUACCUGGAGACGUCGAACGGCAGCCAGGACAAGUCCGAAGCAGCCCGCGCAGAGAACGACGACGAGGAUGACGUGCAGGUUGACGCGGCCGUGAAGGACUCUCCGGAGUACCAGGAACUCCUGGCUCUGAGGAAGGCCCGGGAAGAGCGGGUGAAGCGGACAGGACUUGCGCAGCACGUGGGCUUCCGGUGCGACCGGUGCGAGUGUGAGCCCAUUGUGGGCACCCGCUGGCACUGCACAGACUGCCCUGAGGGCGCCUCCAUCGACUUCUGCAGCGACUGCGUUGACUGCAUGCACGAGACGGAGACUCACAAGGAAGACCACCACUUGGAGGCCAUUCACGUCGCGCAGGACAGCUCGACGUUCCACGACCGGGACUACAUGAGCUUUACGGGUGCGGACUACAAUUAUCUCGACCCGAAUUACUUACCUGGCUCUAGCUGAUGGCCUCGUGCUGCAGGAAGUGUCACUACAGUGUCCAUCACACAGCAUAUGCAAAGGUUCCACAAAUGCAUGUUUCAAGUACAAUGUGCUACAGGUUGUGCAGUGCAACGUGCGACAGUUUACAUGUGUUCGCGUUCCUGAGGGCUUGGCCUCAAACUUGACGUUGCCAUGUCGCUCUCCUCCUUGCAGUGGGACGUGCAGACCACCGCGAUUAACUGCUGUGAUUGUGAAGCGUUUUGCGUGGAACUACUGCAGCUUCAUGUGACUUGGGGUUGAUGGGCUUUUGCUGUGCCGUUAGAGUGCAAAAAUAACGUGGAAGCAAAAGGUACUAGCAGCCAGAUAUACUAAAAAGUAUGUAUAAAGCAGCGGUGUCGCUAGAAUUAUCUAUAAGCCACACUAGAAUUACCUUUGAGCCUACGCAAGUAGCAGCAUGCACAGAGUCAAUAAAACUGCAACUGACUUUGAUGCUUUGUGUACUUUGUUUAGG